GAUGGAACGUCAAAGUGUAGAGGUUGUUGUGCCGUCCUCUUGUUUUGCGGAUGAGGAAACUGCGGUGAAAGCCAACAAGCACACUCCUACUCCAGUCAAAGAAAGCGGUACAAGAACUUUGCAAAAAACCGCCGGGAAUGUCAACAACAAAGCGGUUCUUGAAGGGAAGCAGGAGACCAAUAGUACGAACUGGAACGAAGGUGCUGCUACAAAAAAGCCUGUCGAUGUCAUAUACCAGGGUAGCGGAGUUGCAGCUGUGCACGAAGAAUCUGGAAAGAAGAAGUACUAUGUCGACGAGCAACUGCAGGAGGAUAUAGUUGAGCCUCAAACAAGUACUAACGCAUCUAGUAGUGCCUACCACUCCAACAAGGAAAAAAUGUUAGCCGUUAUGCAAGGCAAACGGACUUUUGCUGAUGGACCAUCGUCUCGAGAUGAAGAUCAACAACGAGAACAAAUUGUAGUAGGAGACGUCGCAGCUCAUUUCGAGAAAUCCUUCCAGGAGAAUGGUCUGACACAAAUCGUUUUUCAUCAAGUUACGCGUGGUGGAAUGGGCCAACUACAGAUGAG